AUGUCACAUGCCGGCGACCCCAACACGAGGCAGGUCUAUCUAUGUCAAGACGAGCUCGUCAAUGUCAAACAGACGUUUCCUAAUGGAACUGACUCGAUGAGCAUUCAACAAAGUGAAGUGUCAAUUACAUAUCAUAGUAUGAGCCUAUGUCUAAGCAAGGCUUUCAACUUCAUGAAGGACACUGGUCUAAUAAUGCGAGACACCACCGAUCUCACGUACCUGCUCUUACGCCUCAACGAGACAUGGUUCGUAACAGGGCCAGAUCCUAAGACUAAUCGGUUGCCUCUGUAUACUGCUGGUAACCAGCUUGAACUAUGCUCUAAGUCCCCACUGUUGUCUUCAAGACCGAUUGCUGGGGUUUACUGUGCAUCUACUUAUUCCCUCAACGCAACCAACGCUGAUGAGUCUCGGUUGGGUCCUCUUGGUGAAGGACUUUUCGUUACGGACUAUGCUCCCGUAACACAUUACCACCCCUCGAUAUAUGUAGGGGCCUUCAACUUGGUGGUGGGAACCUUCUGGGGCUCAGUAAAUUUGACGUCGUUUGAUACUCCUGGCAUGCUCGAAACUUUGCCCAGGAACAACCCUUUGACGUACACUCUAGAUACUAACGGCAACAUCUCUAGUGUGCUCUACUACGACCAUAUAUCAGUGUUUAUCAAGACAAGCCUAUUAGAUAGAGUGGGCGACGCUCAGAGUGUUGCGGUAUCAUAUCAGAAUCGGUACACUCUUGAGCUCAGUGGCGACCGCUUGUCAUGUCCAGUGUUACUCGGACAGAUAAGCGACAUAAUGCUUCCAGAUGCGGUCGAUGGUCCAAACUCUGCUGAGUUGCCUUCCAUACCUGACAAUGCAUGGAAGAAGGCCCAAGGGCUUGUCAUUGGUUGCAUCGCUGUCUUCAUCAUCAUACUAUUUGCCAUAUGGUCUAUUCGUGUGGAUAAGCAUAGAAAGGAGGCCCUCAAGAAAAGGACGGCUCUAAUAAUACCGAGUUAGGCUCCAAUCUUGUGUGUUAAUGACAUCAGACUAGUCCCCCCCCUAGCCAGUGAGCUUAGGGGUGAUGACCAUCCUCUUGGUCCCUUCCUGUACGUUUAGUGUAUCAUUAGGAGAAGGUAGCUUUCAUAACUGCC